AUGGAUGCCACAAUUUCCAACGAGUAUCUGCGCACUGGCGUUGCUGCUUUGUGGCUGGACGACGGCAGCAUUGUUCUUCGCGCUCAAAAGACGUUAUUCAAGGUUUCCCGCUCGCUGCUUUCCCUUCGCUCGGGCUUUUUUCGUGAUAUGCUAGCCUCGCCUCAGACUGGCGGCGACGCACAGGUUCUCGACGGUUGCAUUAUGGUGGAUCUUCCAGAGAAAGCGGACGACGUCGAGGCUCUUCUCAGGGCCGUCUUCGAUUCGGAUUACUUCAUGCCGCCACCAGCGAAGAUCGACCUUAUGCCCCUUCUCUCCAUUCUCCGUCUCGCUCGCAAAUAUGACAUCCAAUAUCUCUACAAACGCGCUCUGAGCCACCUCGACCACGUUAUGUUCUAUGUGUCCCAUUCUGCAUUCUUGACGGCUCCACGACGAGAUACGAUAAUGAUACCUCCAUCUAUGGUCACCAAACACCUCUUCGUCCAGCCUCUGUCUACGUUGUCCAACUCCCCUGCCGCUCUGCUGAUAACUCUCGAGGCAAUCAACGCCGUUCAGGCGAAAUGGCUGCUACCUAUAGCGCACUAUUGGCUCUGCACUAUGCCCCUCAAACACCUCCUCACGAUUCCGGAAGAGACACUCUCCGGUACGCAGCUACGAUGGAUCUUGCAGAAUCGCAAGGCGCUGGCUACCAAACGCGCGAGAAUCCUCGAAAACAUCAAUCAAUAUGGCUGGGAUGCUGAGUGCGGGCAGGCGGGGCAGUGCUCGGUGGCACGAAUGAAUGUCCUCUCGCAUUAUAUCCGUCGCAAUGCUGACGGAGAUGAUGUCCGCAUGCUGAAUGGGGUCGACUUUGAGCAGCGCGGGCUUUGCACGCUCUGCCUCCAGAGUGUGGAUAAACUGUGUACUGAUGCGUUAGAGCAGGCGUGGUCUGCCCUCCCAGCGAUGUUUGAUGUCUCGGACUGGGGGGAUUUAACGGAAGAGCGAAGCCAUGUGUUGGAUCUGUUGGACUGA